CGUCAGCAUGGCAGACACAUUGACGGAUAUGAAAGUAGAUCGCGCUUUAAUUGACCCAAAUUUUGAUGGAUACAAACUAUCCCUAGACGCCAUCCCAGUGUACACUAGUAACAUUGAAUUUGAUCUAGAUGAAGUAAAACUGACUUCUGGACAGUACAGUCUGCAACAUCUGAAAGCAUUUGGCAUCCACAACCACCUGUUUCAAGACCCCUGGGCCACCAACACCGUCUACUUUGUCAACAGUAGAUGGGAUAUUGUCAAGUUUGUAGCAAACAAUGCCAGCAGUUUGAACAAAGGUGAGCCAGUGCUAAGGCUGCCAGACGCAGACCAGCAGAGAAGCAAGUCAGGCCGCCAUAAUGUCUCCUUACAUUUCCCCUCGCCAGAUGUCCUCACUGUUGCCGAUGGCGCAGGAAGGCUGUAUGUCGUGAGGACAGGGGACAGAAAGCUGGACCAGGAGUGGAAGGUGGUAUUCAGGCAUGAAAUAGAAGGCCAGAAUUUCCAGGUGGUGCAUUCUCUUCUUUCUGCAGAAGGCUGUCACAUGUUGGAGGUGGCGCUACUGUAUGUUGAGGAGAGAGACAUGGCAUUUGAGGAGGCGCAGGAGAUUAAGGGGGGCGAUUUUGUAUCAGUUCUGGAGUGGCUUACUUUGACAUUUGCCGCAGAAACAAAUGUAUGGGAACUGACACGAGUGAGAAGACUGGAAGGUAAGAGCGCUCCGGAUUUCCUCACUCUGGAGCAGCAUGGCAGAGGCAUGAUUGUCGGCAGUGAAAAACAUUUCACCUUUGUUUAUGAUUCUGUGAAGCCAGUGGACAAGGCCGAGGUUAAGGAGAGCGCUAGGGCAAAAGGCGAAGACAAGAAGGCUCCUGCCUACACCUGGUUCCAAUCUAUGGAAGAUCUGACUGUGCAUUUCACUUUACCAGAGAAUACUAACAAAAAGGAUCUUGAUGCCGCACUCAGUCAUAAUUACAUUAAGAUACGCUUGCAGUCACAGGUGUUGUUGGAAGGUAAUUUCCAGCAAAAUAUUGACAUUGAGGGAAGCGCAUGGUACAUUGAAGGAAGGAGACUAGAACUCCAACUGUGCAAGAAAGACCCAGCAAUGUGGUCAGCAGUGGUCAGUGGAGAUGACCGUGGAGAAAUGGUUGUGGACCCAGCCACGGCACAGGAGAUACACCAAAGACUGGAACACUUGACCUCUGAUACCUUGAAUGCUGACCCAGACAGAAGUGAAAAACCAUUCAAUUCCCAACAGUUGGAGGAAUGUGACACGUUUCCAGAAGAAACAUCAGCCAUGUUGAGGUUUGACGGGGAUACACACCAGUCGACUCAUCUGGUGGACCUCAGUAGUCACCAAUGGCUAUUUAACACAGCUUUACAUAGUGAUCAGAUGCCAGCAGUGUGUCUUCGCCAUGAUGUAGACGGGUUGCUAUGGCAACCAAAGGCAAACUACGAGAAAAAAGAGUGUCCGUUGCUUCACAUCGGUACAUUUAAUGCCUUAGGGUAUGUCCAGGCAUCUAAAAGAGACAAAAAAUUUGCCGGGUGCUCGCCAGACUUAACAUUCGCAGUGCUCUGUGACUGUGUCCGCCACGUUUUUGUCUACCGUCAGCCAGAGGCUACUCUCUCUCCUCUGAGGAACAGAAAAACUGGCAGGGAGGUUGGAGCAGUUGCUAAGCAACAAGUGAUUAGUUUAGACUCUACAGAUCCAGUGAUGGGCCUGGCAAUAUCAACUGACAAGAUUUUUGUUCUGACGGCAAAGAUUUUGCAUGUUAUUAAAGUGAAAGAAACUUAGCAAAGGAUAAUUUUUCCAUUAUAGGAUAUAUUUUUUUCUCUUUCUUCUUUGGUAAAUAUAUUGGAAAGCAGUUAUAUAUAUAUGGGAUGAGAUUUUUAUAUAUCUGCAAAUGCAACAGGUUAUGGGCGGUCACAACUGAUUGAAAUGCAUUUCUGGGCAUGUUGAUAAAAGGAUCAGUUGUCUCCCUGUAGAAUGAUGAAAUCUUUCCAAAUCCAUUCAUAUUUAACUUGAAUUUCCCAGAGAAAUAAAAUGUCGAAAUUA